GAACUAGAGCUGGGAAUGUUACUUUUAACAAGCAACCCCUUGCAUUACUCGUUACUUUUCUGCAGCCAUGAUAUUUCCCUUUACCAUCACUGUUGCCACAGCUGUGCAGCCUUGGUCGGGUCGAUCGGCAUGGGGAUGGUUUUCCUCUGCUCUCCCAUCGUCAGCAUCUUCACCGACCGGAUCGGCUGCAGGACGACGGCUGCCUCUGGGGCGGCCAUUGCCUUCAUCGGCCUCUUCUCAAGCUCCUUCACCAAGUCCCUCGAAGUCCGUUACUUCACCUACGGCGUCCUCUUUGGAUGUGGCAGUUCAUUUGCAUUCCAGCCAUCGUUGGUCAUCCUCGGGCAUUACUUCAAACGGCGCUUGGGUUUAGCCAAUGGCUUGGUGACAGCCGGAAGCUGCCUCUUCUCCAUGAGCCUCCCUUUCCUCCUGGAGAUCAUCGGCCAUACCAUCGGGCUCUCCCACACUUUCCAAGUCCUCAGCACCCUGAUGCUGGUCCAGAUCUUCUUGUCUCUGACCUUCCGCCCCAUGUUCCCCUCAACCUCUGAUCCACACGAUGUCAGGCAUGUCAAACUGGACAGCCGCACCUGCAGGCAGCAGUGUGCCUCCCAGAUGAGGAAGUAUUUCAACCUGAGAGUGUUCAGAAAGAAGACCUACCGGGUUUGGGCUUUCGGGAUUGCCACGGCUGUUCUUGGAUAUUUUGUCCCGUACACGUAUUUGGUGAAAUACGUGGAAGAGAAGUUCAAAGACGAGAAAGCAUGGAUUGUGCUGGUGUGCAUGGGGGCCACGUCGGGGGUCGGCCGUUUGGCUUCAGGACCCAUUGGUGACCUCAUCCCCGGGCUGAAAAAAAUUUACUUACAGGUUGCCUCGUUCAUAGUCCUGGGGAUCAUGUGCAUGAUGCUCCCACAGUGCAAAGAGUUUUGGGCGGUCAUUGUGGUCUGCCUUUUCCUCGGACUUUGCGACGGACUCUUCAUAACCAUUAUGGCCCCCAUUGCCUUUGAGCUGGUCGGGCCCCUGCAGGCUUCGCAAGCCAUCGGUUACCUUCUGGGACUUAUGGCCGUUCCAAUGACAGCAGGUCCCCCCAUUGCAGGGUUUCUUCGUGACCAUUUUGGGACUUACCAUUUCGCCUUCUACUUUGCCGGAAUCCCUCCAAUCGUCGGGGGCCUGGUGUUGGCCCUUGUUCCCCUGAUCCAUCAAGGACAGCUCAAGAAGAAACGGCUGGAUUCGGGGAAAGAUAAGAUGCUGGUUUCAGAGACGGUUCUGAACGGAGAGCUCCUUCCGGGCUCGCCGGCCAUGGAGGCCCACAUCUAGAACCCUCCCACAACCUCCCCUGGUGCCAACCAGGGAUAGAAACACAGGGAGGGGGAGAGAGACACAGACAGAACCACCAGCAUAUCCUGACACCCCCCCCCAUCUGAGCCCAGCACUGCUUCCUAAGCAGAAUCAGGCCUUUCCAUUUGUAGGUGGGAAGGGCCCUGCUCAUAAAAGGAGGACCUUCCAGACUAUGUGCAGUUGGUUUUCAGAUCGACUUUGUUUUCCCUUCGGCUCUUCCUUGCAGGGGAAGUUUUGAUAGUACUCUUAAUCGGUUUUCUCUGCCUUGAUUUUACUAGUUGACAGAAUAAGGAAUUACGCCUAGGUGGCUGUUAAGAUAUAUAUAUUUUUAAUAGAUUACAUUGGUUUCCUCCCAUGCCAUGUUUUCCUCCCCGGCAAAAUAACAACAGCAAAACAAGCUGAUUCUAUAAUUGUGCUUAGUUAUUUUGCCUCAUAAGCGGAGUUUCCUCUCUCGUUGUGCUGCUUUGGGAGAUCAUUUUGUCACAGCCAGAUUCUAAAACUGACAUUUGAGCCCCAUCAGGGAGGCAACGAGGAAAACAGCAGGUGUGGAUGAGUCUGGAAUCGUUUCUCUAGUCAAACACGUCCUCCUCGUGUCCACAACAGUUACGCUGACCACCAUCCCAUCUCCCUGGCAUUUGUGUCUCAGAUUGACGCGAGCGGCUUGGUUUUAAUACAAAGCUCCUCCGUCUUACAUUUCCCGCAUUGAACUUUCCAUAUCUUGCAACGUCGCUCCAACGAGAGAAGAACCCAGCCUCUGAUUGACCAGUCCCUUUGGGAGAUACUGGCCCUCUGAAGUCCUGAAAUGCUCAUGGUGGCGAGUUCAGAGUAGCGUCUACAUCCAUGGUUGCUCCACGUGAUGAAUGCCCAUUUCAAAUCCAAACACAAGGAGAAGGGUCAGACUCCAUCCAUCGUGCCUUCACAGCUUGGCAAAGUGUAUCUUCGUGUGUUUUUUUAAAUCUCCCCCCCCUCCCCCAGGUUUUGUAAUUCAUUCUUUUCCAGCCCUUCUUUCCAAUGUGAAGUUUUUGUAAACGGCCAGAUCUGCAGUACUGUGCCAU